AUGCGCCCGCCCGGCCCGGGGCAGAGAAAUGAGCCAUUGUCCCCGCGCAGUGCCAGCCCCGCCAGCCACCGCCACGGACCCGGCCGGCACGGGCUGCCUGUGGGACACAGCGGCUGUGCCAUGGCCAGGCUGGUGGGGCCAGCAGCGAUCCUGGUCCUCCUCUGCCUGGCCGUGGGUCUGGAGGCCAGCCCGGAGCUCUCCGGGUACCUGCGCAAGGUGCUGAGGAACCACACUGCCCACACCUGCGAUGGAGAGCAGCUCCUCAUCGUCUGCCCUCGCAAAACCACCAUCAGCAUCCUCGGUGCCUUCUACGGGCGCCGCGUGCCCAGCACCAACCUCUGCCCCAGCCCUGGCAACGCCUCCCAGGAGAGCACGGAGUGCACCUCGGGCACCGCCCACCUGAAGCUGCUGGCUGAGUGCCAGGACAAGCAGUGGUGCCAGUUCUCAGUGCACAGCCAAGUCUUUGGGCCAGACCCGUGCCCCGGGACGCACAAGUACCUCAUCACUUCCUACAAGUGCCGGCCAGGGAACCAUCGGAUCAAGACCGUGUGUGAGAAUGACAAGCUUAGGCUGCAGUGCCGACCAAAAUCCAUCCUGGCCAUUUAUUCUGCAAAUUAUGGACGAUUCCUGCGGGGCAAACCGGAGUGUGAUGCCCUGAACACUGGGGGACCCCAUAUAGAGUGCUUGGCUCCAGACGCCCUGCGCAGGGUGUUCAAGAAGUGCCACCGCAAGGGGAACUGCACCGUGGCUGCUGACGAGGCCACCUUUGGGGACCCGUGCCUCCCUGGCAUGAAGAAGCAGCUGCGAGUCUCUUACACCUGUGUGCCCAAGCAGCUGCUGGAGGAGGUGGGCCCUGACACCUCAGACCCCUUCCUGCUCUCGGAUUACAUGCACGGUGGCUGGUACAAAGGGCCCAGGUUCUCCAGGCUCCGGGAAGACCGCAUGAUUUUUACUAGCUCUCUGGCAGCUUUUGCCCACCUUUGGGGUGUCCCAGAGAAAGUCGGCCUCUACUUUCUUUGCGGGGUCUCAGGAGGCCUCAUGCUGCUGCUGUGUAUCAUCAGCCCCAAAACAGCCUUCCUGCAGGAGGUGGGGGAGGCUCUCAAAGACCCAGAGCUGGGGAGCAGCUCAGAGCUGGGCAGGACCAAGCUGAGGGAUGAGCAGGAUGAAGACCUUCCUGACGACAGCUCCUCAGACUCCUCCUUCCGCCGCCUCACCCGCACCUACCGGGCCACCGACAGCAUCUUCAGCCCUGAGCUGACAGCAGCCAUGGAGGGAGCGGUGGAUCACCAGGGCUACGGCGGGGAUGAGAUCUGGAUGCCCAAGGAGUCCAGUCCAUAUGCCAUCCAUAAGAUCAAAUCAGCCACCAAAUAAGGACUGGAAGAAAAUGGGUGGGGAGCAGCAGGGGGUGCAGGCUCAGCAGCGGGACCUGACAUCAGAGACAUAAGUUUGGGCUCUUUGGGGUGACUGCGCACCCCGAGCCGCAGCAGGGUCACGGCAGCUCCAGUGUGUCCAUCAACCCACUACUCCACCAGCCUGGAAACCUCUAACCUGGGGGUGAGAUGCGGUCCCUGGUUGUGAUGAGGGGCUGUGGGAUGGCUCCUUUGCCACGCCGCUAACCCUAAGCUAACCUCCCCAUUCUUGGCUCGCAUCAUGUGGCUCUAGUGUUUAACCCUGCUCAGCCGAGCCCACCUUCAGCCCUCUGAGGGUGUUUGCUCCCAUUUCUCCUUGGGUGCUGGCUUCCACCCCUGGUGCUGCCAACACAUCCUGCACUCAGGGAGUGUGCUGGUGACAGAGAGGCAGGAAUGGCCAGGACACGGUGGGGAUGCAGGUGGAGCAGGUGGGCAAGCACAGGGGGCAUCACCCAGCACAGCUCCACCAAGGUGCAUGCCAUGCAGCCCUGGUGCCCCGGGGGAGUUGCUCCCUGGGCUGGAGCAGCUCAGCACAGCACUGGCUCUCACCUCCCUGAGGGCAUUCAGGGACUCUGUCACCCUGCCUUGCUCCGUGCUUUCCUUUGUGCUUUCCCCACUGUCAGGAAAGCCCCGGGCACAACUUGCUGGGGCUUUUUCCAGUAAAUAAA